CAUGGCAAAAUGCGGAGCAUGCGGCCCGGGAUACGCAACUCCUCUGGACGCCAUGAAAGGUCCCCGGGAGGAGGUUGUGUACCUGCCGUGUAUCUACAGAAACACAGGGGUCGAGAAGCCUGACUACCUGGCCACGGUGGACGUGGACCCCAAAUCUCCACACUAUUCUCAGGUGAUCCAUCGCCUGCCCAUGCCGAAUCUUAAGGAUGAGCUCCAUCAUUCCGGGUGGAAUGCCUGUAGCAGCUGCUUUGGGGAUGCCACAAAGAGAAGAAAUCGUCUGAUUCUACCAAGUCUCAUCUCUUCUCGAAUUUACGUGGUGGAUGUGGGAACAGACUUGCGAGCUCCUAGAAUCCAUAAGGUUGUUGAGCCAGUGGAGUUGUUCCGGAAGGGUAACGUGGCUAAUCCUCACACCUCUCACUGUCUGGGCAGUGGUGACAUCUUGAUCAGCUGCUUGGGAGACCCUUCUGGCAAUGGAAAAGGUGGCUUUAUUUUGCUGGAUGGAGAGACCUUUGAAGUGAAAGGAAAUUGGGAGAAGGGGGAAAAGGUGCCCUCCCUGGGCUAUGACUUCUGGUAUCAGCCGCGACACAAUGUCCUGAUGAGCACUGAGUGGGGAGCCCCAAAAGUCUUGGCAGAUGGCUUUAACCCAGCUGAUGUAGAGAGAGGGCAUUACGGCCGCCGCAUUAACGUGUGGGACUGGAGCACUCACACCCACAUUCAGGCGAUUGACUUAGGGAAGGGCUCCAUUCCUUUGGAAAUUCGGUUCCUCCACGAUCCGGAUGCUGCAGAAGGGUUUGUUGGAUGUGCUCUGAGUGGUGCGGUGCACCGGUUCUACAAGACGGAGAAAGGAGACUGGGCAGCAGAGAAGGUGAUCGAAGUACCGAGCAAGAAGGUGCAGGGAUGGCUUCUCCCUGACAUGCCUGGUCUUAUUACUGAUAUCCUCAUCUCGCUGGACGACAGGUUCCUGUAUUUCAGCAAUUGGAUACAUGGAGACAUCCGCCAGUACGAUAUCUCCGACACCCGCAAGCCCAGGCUGGUGGGACAGGUGUUUCUGGGAGGCAGCAUCACAAAAGGUGGACCUGUGACUGUAGUGGAAGACCAGGAAUUGCAGAGUCAGCCAGAGCCGUUUGUGAUCAAAGGGAAGAAGGUGCCAGGUGGACCUCAGAUGAUUCAGCUUAGCUUGGAUGGGAAGAGAUUAUAUGUCACCAACUCUCUCUACAGUGGAUGGGACAAGCAGUUCUACCCAGAUCUUGUCAAGGAAGGCUCUGUUAUGCUGCAGAUUGAUGUGGAUACUGAAAAAGGUGGAUUGAAAGUGAAUAAAAACUUCCUAGUGGAUUUUGGGAAGGAACCUGAUGGGCCUGCCCUGGCUCAUGAGAUUCGUUACCCUGGUGGAGACAGUACCUCUGAUAUCUGGAUCUAAUUGUUGUCUGGAGCCAUUUUCUUUUUUUUUCUUCCUGGUUUUUUUUUUUUACUUUUUCUUCCUCUCUCUCCUCCUUGUCCUCCACUUCCCUUUUAUUUAGGUGAAUCGGUUCAUCUGGGAUUUUGUCCGCUGUCUAAAUGUAGGCUUCCAUUAGGGUGAGCCACAGAAGCUCC